CCGGUGAGUAGGAGCGGACUUGGCGAGCCGCUGACGGCAGAGGGAGCCUGGCGUCCCUUCAAAGACGGCGAGAGGCUUGGAGCGCCGGCGCCGCUCGCCUCGCGGACGGGGCUUCGCUGACGUCAUGGGCUCGCUCGCCGCUCGCGGAGAAACAAAGUAUGAGGGCGAGCGCGGCGCCGAGCAUGGAGCGCGCCGGUCUGCGGGAAUAAGCGGAGCGGCCGGACAGUUUUUACAACUUUAAAAAACUCUGCGGACAAACAUGGAUACGGCGCUCCUUCGCUCCCUGCUGAUCCUCCUGCCGAUCUGUAGCGCGGGGUCCCAGUUCACGGCAGGGGGUUGUACGUUCGACAAUGGCCCAGCGCAGUGUGACUACCAGCAGGACCCCUACAAUGACUAUGACUGGACACACGUUAGCGCGCAGGAGGUCCCGUUCCUCUCUUCUGAGCUUCCCCAAGGCUCCUACAUGAUGGUGGACUCCUCCCAGCAUGACCCUGGGGAGAAGGCACGCAUCCAGCUGCCCAUAAUGAAGGAGAAUGACACCCACUGCAUCGACUUCAACUACCUGCUUUACAGCCACGAUGGGUCCAGCCCCGGGACCCUGAACGUUUUGGUGAGGGUCAACAAAGGUCCUCUGGCCAAUCCCAUCUGGAACGUGACCAGCUACACGGGGAAGGAAUGGCUUCGGGCUGAACUGGCUGUCAGCACCUUCUGGCCCAACGAGUAUCAGGUACAGAUCGCUCUGUUCCCCCAGGCUCUCGUUCUGGCUGCGUCUUUCCCUCUGUUUUUGUCUCGGGGAUGUUAUACAUACAUCGCAAUUUGUUGAUUCGUUGUUGGCUGCCUGAGUAAAUUGAC